AGGAGAGCCAUCGUGCAGAAGGUCUGUACUGUGGUUGUUUCCGGGCUGUUAGGUGUGGUUCUGCUGUGAUCUACCAAGACUUAUCUACUGGACUAUGGAUGUCAUUCCUGCUGUGGAGAUCUUCCUGAGCAUCCUGGGCUUUGGCUUCUCUAUCCUGCUCUGCACCGUCUUCUGCCGCUUGUGCCAACGCAUCAGGGAGGAGAGGGAGGAGUUGAGUCGGAGCGAGGAGGGACAGAUAUCCCCCAUCUUUUUCAUCCCCUACCCAGGGAGCAGGUCAAUGCAGCAGGGCGAAGAGCACGGCAGACUGCCCCGACUCAGCCAAGAGGCCUACAGACCGCCGCGGUACAGCACUGCGGUCUACUGUGGCGCCCCACCAUCUUACAACGAGCUGGACUUCAAACAAGAGGAUCUCCCUCCUGCGUACUCAGAACACGCCAGCGUCCCCAUCCACCCCAUAAUGCCCCCUGCACACACAGACCUGGUACAACCCCAACCAUGCUCGCAGCCUGAGGACUUGACCGCCUGACCAGCGGUGUGGGGGGAGUGUGGACACAGGGUUUCAACAGAAGAUGAGACUUUUAAGUAGACUGGCGCAAACUGGUAAUCAAGCUUUAUGAAUGUUAUGUUUAAAAGAUGAUAUUUUUGGUAUCUCGUGGUACUUGCUCACCGGAUUGAAAGUGGGCAGAAGCUGUGCGACAGUUGUCUCAGAGCCCAGUCUAAGGUACCAUGAACAUAAAAACACAGAUUGUGGGUCACAAAGCGACAUGUGAAAGCCACCGGCUCUCAUUCCAUAAUCUACAUUUGGAUCAACUUGAAUACCGUGCAUCACAACACCAUUUGGCGUUGUUUAUGAUUUUGAAGUUCAGCCUGGACUUGAUGUAGUGGAGGGUGCUAUUAGAUAAGGUCUCACAGUAGGCACCCCAACACGAGGCAGGAGGCAAACAUCAGCGUUUUCAAACAGGACAGUUGUUUUCUAGGGCCCAUCCAUCCAUCCAUCCAUUGUCCAAACUGCUUAUCCUGCUCUCAGGGUCGUGGGAUGCUGGAGCCUAUCCCAGCAGUCAUUGGGCGGCAGGCGGGGAGACACCCUGGACAGACCGCCAGGCCCAUCACAGGGCUUCUAGGGCCCAAUUGGUGACAAAAACAGCAAAUGGUAAAUCAAACCAGCUUGCUCCAAACCUGAUCCAUUGUGGACCAACAACAAGGCUUUUUUUCCCACGAGGUAUCUGAUGUUAGCUAAAUGAACCAGUGGCACACUAUUGUUCAGAUUUGUGAACAUUUUGAACACUAUAUACCGUAUCGUAGCUGGUCGACUGGCUGGUGUGUUGUCUACACUUAGCUACAUUGUAGCCCACUAAUGUUGACCAUGGCAUGGUAGGACUUCAGGUGCCAGCGCUGCUCACUGGGCCAUAAAGGUAACCAACAACCGAAUUUGGGCCUCAAAUCUAAAGUGAAAUGAUGUGAACCUGUUAUUAUAUUCAGUGCGGUUGAACCUCGGAUGAUGAUGAUGGUUCGAGGUUGGAGAGAGGACUUCGGCAGAGAGGAACUGUCAUCUGCUUGACUGAUCUAAACGAUAACCGCUGGGAUAAGAUGUUGCUCCAUAGUCACCCAGCACAAGUUAUUCUUCUGUUCCUGAUCUCUUUCUCAAACUUAUUUAUGGCGUGAGCUAUGAAAGACAGUCUGCAGAAGAGAUAGAAAGACCAUUCAUUGUCUGUGUUAAAGGCUUCAUACAAAAGCAUGAUGGGUUUUUUUCCCUCACAAAAUCAAUAAUUGUCCAUUGAAAAUAAUGAGACCCAUUUACAGUGGUAGCCAUUGGAGGAGUCAUCCUCCGUGCAUUUACGUUGCAUCUUGCUGUGGUUUAAAUAUUUUUUCAGUGUCGUGCUGUAGAUUCAAGAGUGUGUUAUGAAAACUGUAGUAGUGUGUUUUAGCGAAGUAGCUACGAGUCUGUUCUGUGUAACUUGUAAGUUGGAGGAGCAAAGCAUGACUUUGCCAAAUGGCAAUGGUGGAAUGUAACUAAGUACAUUUACUCAAGUACUGUACUUAAGUACAAUUUUGAGGUAAUUGUACUUUACUUGAGUAUUUCAAUUUUAUGCUACUUUAUACUUUUACUCCACUACAUUUCAGAGGGAGAUAUGGUACUUUUUACUCCACUACAUUUGACAGCUUUAGUUACUAGUUACUUUGCAGAUUUAGAUUAUUAAUAUAAAUUAUAAAUCAACUAAUAAUGAUAUAUUUUUAUAGGCUAAGCUACCCAGCAGUAUAUAAAGUAAUUGAAAUUAGCUCCACAUUUACCAGCUGCAACAUUAAUGUGAUGAACACAUUAUUGCAUCAAUAAUUAUAGUCCAAUAAUAUGAUAUAUGAUUCUGAAAUGGGUCAUUCUGCACAGAGUACUUUUACCUUUACUUUUAAGUAUAUUUUGAUGCUAAUGUUUUUGUAAUUUUACUUAAGUGCGGUUUUGAAUGCAGGACUUUUACUUGUAACAAAGUAUUUUUACACUGUGGUAUUGAUACUUUUACUUAAGUAAAAGUUCUGAAUACUUCUUCCACCAGUGCCAAACGGUUCCUCCUUGCGGUGCACCGAGAGACAGCAGUAUUUCGACAAACAUUAUGUCAAAAAAAGGAAAAGAAAAAUCAACAUCAAUCUUUGGAUCUGACGUUAGUGCUCUGAAGACCUGACACAGCCUCUGCUGGGAUGUAUUUGACCCACUGAGCCAGGCGGGUAUGUAGCGAAUUCAGGGGGCAGCUAAGGGGUCUACUAAAGACGACUUAAAGGGACGACUAAAGGGUCCGACCCUGGGUUCGAAUCCUGGCUGCGGCGGAAUUCCCGGCUGCCCCCUGAGUUCGCUACGUCGCAGUAAAACUUCAAACUGAGCUGUGUUUGGUGUCAGGUGGGAAACUGACCGUCCUGGAGCUUCAGACUGCGGAUCUUUGGGUUCAGGGGUCAGAAAUCAAACAAUACCGUCACAUAAACACACGGUGAAUUAUUGAUAGUUUAUAGUUUUAUGAAAGUUGUGACUGUUGUAAUGCUACCAACGUAAGAUUGAUUGUCCUUGUGCAAUGUGACACUAAAUUAUUUGACCUCGUUGUGACCUUCAAAGUAAAGUUUUGUAUUUUCAUGUUGUUUACACCCUUUUUUCCUGCGCCAGUGCAUAAGCACGUCUCAGUCUGUCAUAAGCUUUAUCAUCCAGUACCGGUUUGCCCUAUCGCCCCCUUGAGGCCAGCUGGCUCACACUCAUGUUCCAGGAGCCGUUUCCCCUCAGAGAGGAAGUCCAGUCAAGAAGUCAGGAAGCUGCCGGCUUGCAGUGCCCCCUGCCCCCAAAUGUCUUAACAACAUGUGAGCGGUCUUCAACCGGGGGCUCUGGACCCCUGCAGUGGUACACAGGAUCAUUUCAGUGGUGUUUGUGGUAAGAUGAGACAGGAUGAGAAAGCAAGAAUACAUAAUAGUGUUCAAAUGAUCCCUGUUUUUUGGCACGUCCCUCGUAACUGUUUUUAACUGCUCCCCAAACGUUUCAUGAAAUGACAUUGUGGUACAAACCGGACAAGUUCUGUUUCUGGUAAGGAAAGGCUGGUAUGACAGACCUCAUACCUGAUACUGUAAACUGUUUUUUCUCCUGUCAAACACACAAAAAAGUAGAAUGA